CGGCGGCCGGGCCCGUGUGAGCGCGGCCCAGCGCGGAGCUCCGCGUCCCGCAGCCGCUCCGGGGCACCGGUGAGCGCUGCCCGCUCCUGUAGGCCGCAGCGUAGCUCGCGGUGCGGCCUCGGGAAGCCUCCGGGCUCCGGGCACCGCGGCGUAGGGCCCAAGCGGGGCUCGUCGGGCCCGGCCGCCCGUCUCGGUGCCGCCAUGUGGUCCGUGCUGUGGAGCGCCGUGCGAACCCACGCGCCCUACGUCACCUUCCCCGUGGCCUUCGUGGUGGGUGCCGUCGGUUACCACCUGGAGCGGCUCAUCCGCGGCCCCAGCCCGCCGCCGGCCGAGGAGGAGGAGAAAAGCAUCUCGGAACGGAGGGAGGAUCGAAAACUGCAGGAGAUUGCGGGCAAGGACCUGACCGAGGUGGUGAGCCUCAAGGACAAGUUGGAGUUUGCCCCUCGGGCGGUGCUGAACAGGAACCGGCCCGAGAAGAGUUAAUGGAGCCGUCGGUUCCGCGCUGAAGGACCCCCAGCUGGGCUGUGCACAGAGCACUGUGCCGGGGUUCCUCUGUCACCUGCACACCUCCGCCCACACCCCGUCCUGCACCUGGCUGUGCUCGGGCUGUUCUCCGCCUCUACUGAUGCACGUCACCCUCCCUGGGCUCUGCAGAGCUGUCAGGGUUUGCCCACCCCUGCUGUCUCCAGGACUGCAGCCGGACCCUGUCCUCCAUAGCUGAUGGGGUUGGGGUAAUGGUUUGGAGAUGGAAUGUGUGAAACGCACCAGCUCUCAAUCUAU